AUGAAUUGCAGACGGAACAAAGAGGAGACAAUGAUAUCAACCCUUUUACAGGAAAAAGAGUCAGAAAGCUUUAAUGAGAAUGAUGAGAAGAAAGGAACGAACGAAGAACUUGAAAGAGUACGGCAGGAACUCAAAAUACUGAAGAGCCAACGGGAUCAAAUCAUGGAAGAACUCCGGAUAGCCAAGUCCCAGAAGGUAACGUUGGAUAGCCAAGUCCCAGUGGUGACUGAGUUGGUUGAAAAGAAGGUCUUGUUAGCUGCUCAAAAGUUGGUAGAUAUCCAAAAAGAACUUGACGAAUUGCAGGAACUAAGGAAAAUAAGAGAGGAAGAGUUUGCAAACUUGCAGAGACCUCAGUUCUUCUCGGUGUUCUCUGCCUUGGAUAUUGAGUCAGCCACUGAGAACUUCAACCCAUCAAAGAAGAUUGGAGAAGGGGCAUUUGGGAAUGUCUAUAAAGGACUCCUUCGACAAACCCCCGUGGCUAUUAAAAGGUUUCACAAUCAUUGUUUGGAAGGGCAAAGCAGUUCAGAUUUCCAACGGGAGGUUGAUGUCUUGAGCAAGGUAAGGCAUCCAAACCUUGUCACUCUCAUUGGAGCUUGCCCUGAAGCUUCUUCACUUGUCUUUGAGUACCUUACUAAUGGUAGCCUUGAAGAUCGCCUCAAAUGUAAGGAUGGCACUCCCCCUCUAUCGUGGAAAACUCGAAUACGUAUUGCCAAGGAGAUGUGCUCCGCCCUCAUCUUCCUUCACUCCAAUGAACCUCACAGCAUAGUUCACGGGGAUCUCAAACCAUCAAACAUCCUUCUGGAUGUAAACUUUGUUAGCAAACUUGGUGAUUUCGGGAUUUCUAGCUUUAUCUCUCGUGAUGAAAGCUCAACCUACACAGACACACUAUAUUGUACAGCUCCAAAGGGAACCAUUGCCUACAUAGACCCUGAGUAUUUUGCAACUGGAUUGCUAACACCAAAGGCUGAUGUGUAUUCAUUUGGAGUUGUACUGUUACGGCUUUUGACUGGGAGACCAGCCUUGGGUUUGCCAAUGAAAGUGCAAUUUGCAUUGGAUGAGGGAACCUUGAAUGCCAUGUUAGAUGCAUCAGCAGGUGACUGGCCUUUGGUUCAGGCAAAGCAACUCACUCAAAUGGCAUUGAGGUGCUGUGAGAUUAACAGAAAGAACCGGCCAAACCUUGAGUUAGAGGUGUGGAAACUGCUCCGCUUACUGGAGAAUCAAAUUUGACAUUGGAAAUGGUAUUGUAUGAUGCUA